CAUGAGCCUCUACGCACCAACCUCUGGUAUCAUCAUCAUACUCCUCCUCAACUAUGGCGUUUGCUUCUCCACGCUCUAUCGCUGCGCGGCCCUCCACUGUGCCACGCUUAUGGUCCUUUCACCAUCCCCGGACUUGACUCUUGAAGGCCACCAGAGGCAGUGCAUCCGCUUCGUAAGCAAUACGCGCAUCAAUGGCUACUCAGACAGAGACGGCGCAACAGGGACCUAAUCCACAAAACCCACGCCAUGAUACGGAUAACGCUGUCGAAACGAUGGGUCUGCGUUGUCCCGAUUCUUCGGCCCACAAGACAAAGGACACUUCUCAAGACCAUGCCUCCGCCCCUGCUUUGAAUCCCAGCACUCUUUCGCAAGUGUCCACGCAAAGAGAAAUGAAUCCUCUUGGUCCAGAUGGAAGGCUGUCCACAGCAAGUGCCGCAGCGAGUUUGAAGCACGCGCGCGCCCACGAACUUCCUAGCUUUCCUGUUGUCGGUAUAGACACUCACAUAUCCGCCAACACUGCCGCGAACCUUGCGCACGCAAACAGAAAGAGCCCUGAGUGGUGGAAGCCUGAACGUUCUCCAGCAGCAGGCAGAGCCGCCCUCAUCGCGAAGGACUACAAGAUGCCACCUCUUUGGCAGCCCGAGCCUAGCGCUGCUGGAUCAAAAGCUGCAGUGCUUGCUCACAAAGGCAGCAUCAAUGUGGAUCGCCGGAUGCCGGAGCUUAGUGUGCGUGGCACCUCAGCGGCGAACUUGGCCGUGCAGAGACAAAGGGCCGUUCCUGAAGCGGAUUACGGGUAUGCUGAACACGAAGAUGGUGGUUCCUCGGUUGCUGCGCCAGGAGCGGUUCCCCCCUCUAGACGACCACGGGCAAAGUCAACCCCUGAGCAACCUGCAAUCUAUCCUGAUGCUGAGAUCUCAGAAAAGAACGCGCUCAACGCCGCUACAGUGGCUCAUAGGCCCUCAACGAAAACCACCUCUAUGCCUUCGGAUCGUUUCGGCUCUGACGCAAUGGAGGCUGCUCGCAUACAGCAUGCGAGGGUCUCUAGAGACAUGUAUACUGCGACCCCUCCCGUGUCCGUCGAAGUCGAGGAGAAGAGAAGGCAAGAUGCACUGCGGGCCUCCGCGGUAUCUAUGGCGAGAAAGAUGUACGACCCUAAGCACCCGCAGACCGGUCAGCCUCCAGAUGUAAGAGAACAGGCUAUGAAAUACAUUAGUAUUCAGGAAGCUGCUCAAAAGCUCGCAGCCGAACGGUUGGCCAAGAUCGGCUUCGACGAGGAGGCGGCGUACCGUAGUUAUUACGGCUACGAGAAGCCGGCUCGGACCAGACUCUCGCUCCGGCUUGGUCGUAGACGUGCCUCUACCAGUUCUGAACUGGUCGAUUCGGAUGACGAAGAUGAACUCCAAUCAUGGAAGAUACGCUCUCAAAUGUCUCAGUUCAACCAGAAGUUGGCCGAAGUGGAUGAGAAGAAACGGGCGCAGGACAGGAAGCAGCUGCUCGCUGCAGCACUACGUAAUGUCCAGGCGGAGAUGGAAAGCCUAGACAAGAAAGUCUUUGAGCAGACCGGUUAUAUGUCGCCCUCAAUGGUUGAAGAACGGUAUGCCCGGGCUCGUGCCAAAGCGGCAGCAGAGAGUGAGGCGCGGAUGGAGGAUCGGGGAAAGGUGUACGUUGGGCAUGGAAAAUUCAUGUCUCAGGCGGAGAUUGAUGCCAUCGCUCUCGCUAAGGUCCAACCAACUCUGGACGAGAUCACCGAAAAGACUGAGAAACGCAGAGCUGAGGAAGAAGAGCGACGUCUCGAGCUAGAAGAGAAGAAAAGGGAACAGCGCAUUGAGAAGGAGAGAGCUGCUGAGAUCAAAGCCGAAGAGAAACGCUUCAGACGCGAGGAGAAACUAGCCGCCAAAGAGCGAAGUGCGGCAGAGAAGGCGGCAGAGAAAGAGAUGAAGUCGAUAGAGAAAGAGAAGACGGCGACUGAGGACGAGAGUAAGCCGGAAGAGAGCGGAAGGAAGGCCGAGGAGGAGCAUGUUGCCACGGAAGCGCAGUACAAGGAGGAGCAGGUGGAAGAGGCUGUCGUGGCAGCGUCGGCACCUCCUCCCGCGACAAUGACGGAGGAAGUCACAGCGAUUGAAGGAGUUUCUGGCGAGGGCCCGCACGCAGUCGGUGUUGCAGGUGAACCAGUGACGCAGACUGAGGCCGAAGAGGGGUCUGCGGAGGGCGCUGUUCCGACGUCUCCACCAGAGCCCACCAGUCCGCCGUCCGAGUCCAGGGGCUUCAAAGGCUUGUUCAACAAAUUCAAACGACGUUCACGGCUCGCCCCGGCACCCGCUGCGUCUGAAACGCCAGGUUUUAUCGGCGGGGCAGCCCUUCGCCAGCCACCCACGCAGUCAGAUCAAGAUGCCACUCCGUCUAUUCCUCGGUCGGCUGAGCAACAGCAACCACAAGUCCCGCCCGUUUCGUCCGGACCGGAUGUGGGCCGUAGUCCAUCGACACAGCGACCGGGUACGACCAGUCCUGGGCCCGCCGGGGUCAAUGAUGAGGAACGGGAGUCUAGGGAUGGGUUCGACGAGGAGCUUGCUCCACCGCCGAAGUUGCCAGCGCAGGAAGUACAAACCGGGCGGGAGGAAAGUCCCAAACGGGACUCCAGAUUCCGUGAAGUUGGCAUCUAGGUGUCGAGAGCAACGCCGGAUGGGCAUCGAUGCCGUGUCUCCCGCCAAAAUUGUGUCUGGUACGACGGGAGCCUCUCUUUCUCUACCCACAGGUAGAGGGUGGCCUGGGUGUCAUAAUAUCAUUUUCCAUGACUGGAAUGGAAGUUGUAAUAGUGGCGUUUGGUUUUCCUGUACAAACAGGCUGACUUUUCCACUCCUCCACCGAUAUAAGUAUUGAUCGAGUUUGAACAUAUCUUCGCGAGUAAUAGUCCUGCAGCAUACCGGCCAGUCAACGUCAUGCCUUGGCGAUAGGGUGGCUCCGGAAUAGUGCCUAGUCGUUUAUUAGGAGACCAACCGGAAUCUAGAGAAAACCAGCUGAGCUAAUCGUGAAGCUAGCACGGAGUAUUGUCCAAAUAGAUAUAAAUAAUGAUACCGUGUCUUUACUUUUA